UUUUUUUUUUGGGGGGUUAACGAGCGGGAACCGUGCGGUUUAAGUGGACGGGGCAGCAGAGGGUGAAUUCGGAGAGGAGGAAGAGCGGGCCGUUGCUCGCCGAGUGUGAUUACGUUUGACAGGGUGAUUGAGAAAGGGGAGAGCGAGUCACGUAGAGCACGCCUUUUGAAAAGUUGAGCUACACGCCGCACUGCUCUCCUGGCCGGCGGGGGAGCGUCCGUGUGCGUUCAGAGAGCAGGUCCUGCAGGACACGUCCCAGGCUGGAGAGACCCGGAGGCUGCAGGCGACGUUCUCCGUCGUAAAAAGGGUACGUGUCCUCCUGGGACGCGCUGGACUUGUGUCAUCGGGACCUUCGCCGAGUUUGGGCUCGAAGGGAGCAGCUUAUGACCGAGGAAGGAAAAACUGAGGGCGCUGCACAAGUUCACUCGUUACAGCAGGAGACAGAGGCGUGAGGCUGCAGGGUGAAGCUGCACCUGGGAGCUCGAGUGCAGAGCAACAUCUGGAAUCAUGGGUGAAGAGGGACCCCCUAGCCUGGAGUAUAUUCAGGCCAAGGACCUGUUCCCCCACAAGGAGCUGGUGAAGGAGGAGGAGGGCCUGCAGGUGCCAUUCCCAGUUCUUCAGGGGGAAGCAGCUGAGUACCUGGGGCGUGCAGAUGACGCCAUCAUUGCCAUGUCGAAUUACAGACUUCACAUUAAAUUCAAGGACUCCGUCAUUAAUAUCUUUCAGCAGGGGGUGGACAAUGAAAUAUCAGUGCCUCUGAGGUUAAUCGAGAGCGUGGAGAGCCGGGACAUGUUCCAGCUGCACAUCAUCUGCAAGGACUCCAAAGUGGUCAGGUGUCACUUCUCCACCUUUAAGCAGUGCCAGGAGUGGCUGAAGAGGCUGAACCGGGCGAUCGCCCAUCCCUCCAGGCUAGAAGACCUGUUUGCCCUGGCCUACCACGCGUGGUGCCUUGGGGGUAGUGCUGAUGACGAGGAUCAGCAUGUGCACUUGUGUCGCCCAGGUGACCACGUCCGACACCGGUUUGAGAUGGAGGUGCUCAGAAUGGGCUUUGACAUGCAGAAUGCCUGGAGAGUGUCUGAAAUCAACAGCAACUACAAGCUGUGCUCCAGCUAUCCCCAGAAGCUGCUGGUCCCUGUGUGGAUCACGGACAAGGAGCUGGAAAGCGUGGGGUCAUUCCGGUCCUGGAAGAGGAUCCCAGUAGUGGUGUACAGACAUCAGCGGAACGGCGCCGUGAUCGCGCGCUGCAGUCAGCCGGAGAUCAGCUGGUGGGGCUGGAGGAACACCGAGGAUGAGUACCUGGUCACCUCCAUCGCCAAGGCCUGCCUGCUGGACCCUGGGAUGAGGGCACAGGCCGCCUCUGCCAGCCGGGGCCAGGGCGACGGGACGGACAACUCGGACGGCGACUUCGACUCCUCGCUGACAGCCAGCCCGGGCCCCGACGCCAGUGGGGUGCCGCAGAAGCUGCUCAUCCUGGACGCCCGGUCCUACACCGCCGCUGUUGCCAACCGCGCCAAGGGGGGGGGCUGUGAGUGUGAAGAGUACUACCCCAACUGUGAAGUGAUGUUCAUGGGCAUGGCCAACAUCCACUCCAUCAGAAACAGCUUCCAGUCCCUGCGCGCCGUCUGCAGCCAGAUCCCAGACCCUGGCAACUGGCUGUCUGCCCUGGAGAGCACCCGUUGGCUACAGCACCUGUCCGUCAUGCUAAAGGCGGCCACUCUCGUGUGCUCCGCGGUGGAGAGGGAGGGCCGACCGGUGCUGGUGCACUGCUCAGAUGGCUGGGACCGCACCCCCCAGAUCGUAGCCCUGGCCAAGAUCCUGCUUGACCCCUACUACAGGACCAUAGAGGGCUUUCAGGUGCUGGUGGAGACGGAGUGGCUGGACUUCGGGCACAAGUUCGGCGAUCGCUGCGGACACCAGGAGAACUCGGACGACGUCAGCGAGCAGUGCCCCGUGUUCCUGCAGUGGCUGGACUGCGUGCAUCAGCUCCUCAAGCAGUUCCCCUGUCUCUUCGAGUUCAACGAGGCUUUCCUGGUCAAACUGGUUCAGCACACCUACUCCUGCCUGUAUGGCACCUUCCUGUGUAACAAUGCCAAAGAGAGAGAGGCCCGCAACAUCUACAAGCGCUCCUGCUCUGUGUGGUCACUGCUGCGCACAGGAAACAAGAACUUUCAGAACUUCCUCUACAUCCCCAGUCAUGACAUGGUGCUCCAGCCCGUGUGCCACACAAGGGCUCUCCUGCUGUGGACAGCUGUGUAUCUCCCCACCUCGUCCCCCUGCACUGCGGCAGAGGACUCCAUGGACGCGUUCCUGUCCCCUGCCACCCCGGGCGAGGAGUUCACCUCCCGGUCGCUCGACAGGCUGCCAAAGACACGGUCUAUGGACAACCUUCUUUCUGCCUGUGAUAACGGGACGCCUCUGAACCGCACUUCCAGUGACCCCAACCUCAACAAGCACUGCCAGGAGGGGCGCCCUGCACUGGAACCCAAGCCUGGAGCAGCAGAGGACCCGGUGGACAGUCCUGGCGAGGGCACGGGGCACAGCAAGGAGGAGGAGGUGGAGGAGGAGCCCGAGAGCAGCAGCCAUCUCUCCACAAGGCACCAGAGAGAGGAGCAGCUGAACGACGAGAACUGCAACUCUCUCAAGGAGUACUGCCUGACCCUGCAGCCCUUGGCCUCCCCAGACAGUGUCUUAGAAGAGGGGGCUACCCAUUGCCCCGAGGACAGCCCAGUCCUCAGCCAGGCCCAGGCCCUGGACAAUACCCCGCCCGUCCAGCCCCCACCCCAGGAAGCAGAGAGUGAGUGUCGGACUGCUGACCACACAUCGUCCCCUGAGACUGAGGGACACUUACUGGCUCCUUGCAAUGGGCUGGCACUGGAAAGAACAGAGCACGAAGCGGCCCCACCCGUGGUGGAGCUCCUCAAGUUGGACGAGACGCCCGCCACGCUUAACGGCUCUACCGAGACCCUCACGGAGCAGAAGGCGGCCUCGGCCUGUGCCAAGAAAUCAUCCCAGGACAAGGGCUGCCUGCCGGAAGGGGAGAAUGAGCGGGCAGAGCUGGCGAGGAUAGGCCGGACGCACCCAGAGUGUGCCAGGACUGCCAGGAGAUUCAUUUCCCAGAGCCAGCUGAGCGAGUUCACGCUGCUCGGCUCCCACUGGGAGAGCAUGCAGGGGCUGGUCAAGUCGGCCUGCGGUGGGGAAGCGGGGUUCUGCCGGGCCCUCCAGCCGAGCUACCAGAGCCGGCGGCUGGCGGGCAAGCUCCUGCGGGCGCAGGGCAUGGCCCCCAGCGGCGGGCAGUGCUGCCACCGGCCGGCCAGCCUCGUCCACUCCAGCUGGCUGUCGGCCGCGAAGGCCUCCGACUGCGCCGCGCUCUGCUCCUCCAGGCCGCCGCUGGUCCCUUCGCCGCCGCCGCCGCCCCCGGCCACCCCCGCCUACCUCGACGACGACGGGCUGUCCGUGCCCACCGACGCGGUGCAGCAGAGGCUGCGGCAGAUCGAGGCCGGGUACAAGCAGGAGGUGGAGGUGCUCCGCCGGCAGGUGCGCCAGCUGCAGAUGCGACUGGAGAGCAAGCAGUACUGCGCCCCUCCAUCUGAGCCCGACGUGGACUACGAGGAUGACAUUACGUGUCUGCGGGAGUCCGACGACAGCGACGAAGAGGACUCCCUGUCCGACCGCAGUGAGGAUUGCUUUUCGGAGGGCAGCUGGGACAGGGUGGAGAGGAAGGACACAGAGGUCAGCGUCCCUGAUUGCCUAAUCCAGGUCACGCGCUGGGUGCCCGAUCACAUGGCGUCUCAUUGCUUUAGCUGCGACUGCGAGUUCUGGAUUGCCAAACGACGCCACCACUGCAGAAACUGUGGCAACGUGUUCUGCAAGGACUGCUGCCACCUGAAGCUGCCCAUCCCCGACCAGCAGCUGUACGAUCCGGUCUUGGUGUGCAACUCCUGCCACGACCUGUUGCUGGAGUCCAGAACACGGGAGAUCAGGAGCCAGCAGCUGAAGAAGCCCAUCGCUACCGCCUCCAGCUGAGAGCCCAGCCCAGCUCCCCAGGGAGCCUCCUGACGACGCACCGGCUUAUCGGACGAUCCAGGCUUGGUGUCAUUCCUGACUCGUUGCUCUGGAGCCAAAGCUCUUAGAAAGGCUAUGCAACUGUUUGGAGGGGAGUAGGGGCACGGGGGAGGCAGGGAGAUUCUGUCCCAACCUGAUGAAUUAUUCCCCAGUUGACUGUCUUUUAGCCUGAAGGCGCAGCGUUCCAGCUGGUCGGAGGCAGCGUUCAAACUGCGCUGGAAAGAAUUCCCUCUCUCCAGCAGUUCUUCUGACCUAUGCACCUGGGACUGCGUAUCUUGUAAUGCCACACACAAAGGACAAUCUCCCAUCUACUGGAGAAGCAUUGGGACUCCCAGGGCUCAAUCAGCAUAGUGAAGGCUUACUAUUUAAAAAAUGCUGCUACAGUAUGUGAAUUCUUUUUAUUUCGUGCACUACAAGCUGUUAUAUAUCGGUGGGAUUUUGAGACCAAACGUCAGUUAAAGGGAGAAACCUAGAGUUCACGCAGUUGUAUCCUCUUGUGGGCCUCAUAGAGCCUGAUUGUAAUGUUGAAAACGAACAAGACAGAGUCAGAAACGCUGAUACGGUUUAUGUCUGUGUGUGUAGAUCGGUUGUGUACGUGUCCGUUUUUACAGUGUAUCUGCAAAUCACCAGUUAUGCAGUUCCAUGUCUUUCCAAAGCUAAACCAGAGUAUAGUAUUGUUGUGACGUUUCUCUUUUCUUUUUUCUGUUCACAAAUGCAGCAGGGAGAAGUGGCAAGUGUUUUCACGGGACAAAGCUGACACGUUAGCGUGUUCGUGCAUUUUACAGAACGUCAGAAAACAUAUUUAUGGACUGCUGUGUGUAACGUUCAUGUGUUUUACUGGGGAGGUUAAGGCCUAGUGAAGUGACAUGGGAAUGUUGUACUAAACACAUUGCACUCAAUCUAUAAUAAUUUUCAAAAAUACUAUAAAUUUCAAAGCUGACCAUACUUGGGUUGAGGAAUAAAGAUGUCAUCAAAAAUUGAUAUGAUUGAACUCUCAAAAGACACUGUUUAAGAUUGGUUGGAAAUAUCAAGCAGAAUUCUGUUCUCGGCACUUCAGAGCAAUCGUAAUCUUUUAGUUUUAAAAUGUUACAUACUGAAGCAUUACAUGAAGGCAUUCUAGACCCAGAAGAUAAUACAAUUCAUUUUGUGUCUUUUUGUUUAUAAUACCAGAAAUCGUAAACUGACUGGUGUAUAAUGUCGGAUGGAGUUUCUCAAAACAAUAGUGCCAUCUUUUUUUGAAAUAAAAAAGUUUUUUGUUUGUGAAUUAGAAGUCCACCUUAAUAAUUGGGAAUGGAUUAAAACCAUAAAAAGUCCAAUUCAAUUAUAAUGGAAUUAUUUUUAAGUAAUUGGAACUGCUUGUUACUUCAACGGUACAACUAGCUAGCUGCUUAAUGAGGAGAGGAUCUUAACUGUUCCUCAACGGGGAAAUUUAAAUUAGAUUAAAACAAAGAUCUAAAUUAAAAAAAAAACUGUGAAAAAAUGUUUGAGUGGGACAUAGAGGUUCCCACUCACCUAAUGCUUAGGUCCUGCUUUCAGUGGUGUCAGCGAGGGCAGAGAAAAAGAAAUGUAAUAUAUAUCUAGAUAUCAAAUCUGUACUAGUGGCUAAAAUCGUCACCUAGUCAUUAAUUGUUGUAAAGAAAUGCACUGUACAAGUUAAAUCCCAUGGGUUAAUUAAAAAGAGAUAUCUAUCAGGACA